UGCGUGGCCUCCUGGCCCCGGGCCCCCUCCGGCGGGGCGACCCCGUGCCUAGGUGGCUCUCCUUUUCUCCUUGUCGGUGCGCCGGGAUCGCGGCGGAACCCUCCCUCCCCUUUCGCCCGCUCCUUCCCUCCGCCCCUCCUCCGCCGGCCACUGGAAUCAAUUCCUUAGGGAAUUGGGGCUCCGCCGCCGCCGCCGCCGCGGACGACAGCCUUUCCACGCGGGACUCCGGGGCACCGACGGGGCCAUGUAAGCAGCGAUCCCCCGGAGUGCCGCACCGGGCAUGGACACCUUCCUCGGCGUCUGGAGGAGCACGUGUGGCAGUGUCAUCACCCGGACACGAAGCUGCUGAGGCCAUCUCCAGGGCGUGGGCGCCAGGAUAGGAAGGCGGCGUCCGAGGGCCACGUAGCCAUGCCUUUCGGCCUGAAGCUCCGUCGGACCCGGCGCUACAACGUCCUGAGCAAGAACUGCUUUGUGACGCGGAUCCGCCUGCUGGACAGCAAUGUGAUCGAGUGCACGCUGUCGGUGGAGAGCACCGGGCAGGAGUGCCUGGAAGCCGUGGCCCAGAGGCUAGAGCUGCGAGAGACACACUACUUUGGCCUCUGGUUUCUCAGCAAGAGCCAGCAAGCACGAUGGGUGGAGCUGGAGAAACCUCUGAAGAAACAUCUGGACAAAUUUGCGAACGAGCCUCUGCUUUUCUUCGGAGUCAUGUUCUAUGUGCCAAAUGUGUCAUGGCUUCAGCAAGAGGCCACAAGGUAUCAGUAUUACCUGCAAGUCAAAAAGGACGUGCUUGAAGGGCGACUGCGGUGUACAUUGGAACAGGUGAUCCGGCUGGCCGGCUUGGCUGUGCAAGCUGAUUUUGGAGACUAUAAUCAGUUUGAUUCUCAAGAUUUCCUCAGAGAAUAUGUGCUGUUUCCUAUGGAUCUGGCCCUGGAGGAGGCCGUUCUGGAGGAGCUGACACAGAAGGUAGCCCAAGAGCACAAAGCCCACAGUGGAAUUCUGCCCUCAGAGGCUGAGCUCAUGUACAUCAACGAGGUGGAACGUUUGGAUGGAUUUGGACAGGAGAUCUUCCCCGUGAAGGACAAUCAUGGAAACUGUGUGCAGCUGGGCAUUUUCUUUAUGGGGAUUUUCGUGAGAAACCGAAUUGGAAGACAAGCGGUAAUACACAGGUGGAAUGACAUCGGGAAUAUCUCACACAACAAGUCGACUAUCCUGGUGGAACUGCUCAACAAAGAAGAGACAGCCCUCUUUCACACGGAUGAUCUUGAAAAUGCCAAGUACAUCUCUCGGUUGUUUGCUACACGGCACAAGUUUUACAAACAAAACAAAAUCUGCACUGAACAGUCAAAUUCUCCACCCCCCAUCAGACGCCAGCCCACUUGGAGCCGAUCCUCUCUGCCCCGACAGCAGCCGUACAUCUUGCCUCCCAUGCACGUCCAGUGUGGUGAACACUACUCGGAAACACACACCUCACAAGACAGCAUUUUCCAUGGCAAUGAGGAAGCUUUGUAUUGCAACUCUCACAACAGCCUGGACUUAAAUUACUUAAACGGCACUGUCACCAACGGCAGCGUGUGUAGCAUGCACAGCGUCAACUCCCUCAGCUGCUCCCAGAGUUUCAUACAGGCUUCCCCUGUGUCCUCCAACCUCAGUAUCCCCGGGAGCGACAUCAUGCGGGCUGACUACAUCCCUAGCCACCGGCAUAGUGCCAUCAUUGUGCCAUCCUACCGGCCGACCCCCGAUUAUGAGACAGUCAUGCGGCAGAUGAAGAGGGGGACCGUGCACGCCGACAGCCAGAGCCAGUCUCUGCGGAACCUCAGUAUCAUCAACACGCAUGCCUACAACCAACCGGAGGAUCUGGUGUACAGCCAGCCCGAGAUGCGGGAGAGGCCCCCCUACACGGUCCCUUACGGGCCGCAGGGAGGCUACAGUAACAAACUCGUCAGCCCGUCUGACCAGAUGAACCCAAAGAAUAACAUGGUGCCGAGCAAGCCGGGGGCGAGUGCCAUCUCGCACACAGUGAGCACCCCCGAGCUGGCCAACAUGCAGCUCCAAGGUACCCAGAACUACAGCGCGGCCCAUAUGCUCAAAAACUAUCUCUUCCGGCCACCGCCCCCCUACCCUCGGCCGCGCCCUGCCACCAGCACCCCAGACCUCGCGAGCCACCGUCACAAGUACGUCAGCGGUAGUAGCCCUGACCUGGUGACCCGCAAGGUGCAGCUCUCGGUGAAGACCUUCCAGGAGGACAGCUCCCCCGUGGUGCACCAGUCUCUCCAGGAGGUGAGCGAGCCCCUCACGGCCACCAAGCACCAUGGCGCGGCGAAUAAGCGCCACAGCCUGGAGGUGAUGAGCAGCAUGGUGCGCGGCAUGGAGGCCAUGACCUUGAAGUCUCUCAACAUCCCCAUGGCUCGCCGAAACACACUCCGCGAGCAGGGGCCGCCUGAGGAGGGGCCGGGGAGCCACGAGGCUCACCAGCUGCCCCAUUACCACCACCAGAAGACUCUCUCGGAUGCCACCAUGCUGAUCCACAGCAGCGAGAGCGAGGAGGAGGAGGAGGAGGCCCCGGGAUCGGUGCCCCAGAUCCCCACGCUGCGGGAGAAGCUGGGGUACAGUGCCCAGCUGCAGGCAGCCUUGGCCCGAAUCCCAAACAAGCCCCCGCCCGAAUACCCCGGCCCAAGGAAGAGCGUCAGCAACGGGGCCCUGAGGCAAGGCCAGGUCAGCCUGGCUCCUGCCGCCGCCAGGGCCAGGGUCCUGAGGCACGGGCCGGCCAAGGCCAUCAGCGUUUCCCGGGCUGACCAGCUGGCCGUGGCUGGGCCUUCCCUCGGUCCGUCCAUCUCCGAACCCGACCUGACAAGCGUGAAGGAACGGGUCAAAAAAGAGCCUGUGAAGGAGAGACCGGUGUCUGAGAUGUUCUCCCUGGAAGACAGCAUCGUAGAGAGAGAGAUGGCCAUCAGGAAUCUAGAGAAGCAGAAGAUGGCAAGCCUGGAGGCCCAGAAGCGGCCGCUCAUGUUGGCAGCGUUGAAUGGACUCUCAGUGGCCCGGGUCUCGGGGCGGGAAGAGAGCCGAGCGGAUGCUACCCGAGUACCCAUGGACGAGAGGUUCAGAACCCUGAAGAAAAAGCUAGAAGAGGGAAUGGUGUUCACAGAAUAUGAGCAAAUUCCAAAGAAGAAGGCGAAUGGCAUUUUCAGCACCGCAGCUCUACCGGAAAAUGCUGAGCGAAGCCGCAUCCGCGAAGUCGUCCCUUAUGAGGAGAACAGGGUGGAGCUGGUACCGACCAAAGAAAAUAACACAGGUUACAUUAAUGCCUCCCAUAUCAAGGUGGUGGUUGGCGGGGCAGAAUGGCACUACAUAGCCACUCAGGGGCCCCUGCCACAUACCUGUCACGACUUCUGGCAGAUGGUGUGGGAGCAGGGAGCGAACGUGAUCGCCAUGGUGACUGCGGAAGAGGAAGGCGGACGAACCAAGAGCCACCGAUACUGGCCCAAACUGGGUUCCAAGCACAGCUCAGCCACCUAUGGCAAGUUCAAGGUCACCACAAAGUUCCGAACAGAUUCUGGUUGCUAUGCAACCACAGGCUUGAAGGUCAAGCACCUUUUGUCGGGGCAGGAAAGGACGGUGUGGCACUUGCAGUACACCGACUGGCCAGACCACGGCUGCCCGGAGGAUGUCCAAGGAUUUUUAUCCUACUUGGAGGAGAUCCAGUCUGUCCGACGCCACACCAACAGCAUGCUGGAGGACGCCAAGAGCCGCCACCCUCCCAUCGUCGUUCACUGCAGCGCGGGCGUGGGGCGCACCGGCGUGGUCAUCCUCUCCGAGCUGAUGAUCUACUGCCUGGAGCACAAUGAAAAGGUGGAGGUGCCCAUAAUGCUGAGGCUCCUCAGGGAGCAGAGGAUGUUCAUGAUCCAGACCAUCGCCCAGUACAAGUUCGUCUACCAAGUGCUCAUCCAAUUCCUCCAGAACUCCAGACUCAUUUAGCCCCCGGCCCAGCUCCUGGGAGAGGGACCCAGGCCGUCCUGCAGAUGGGGACGCACCUCCAGACAACACCCGCUCCCCCUGUGGGCCGCGGAGGGCCACAGCAGGCAGGUCGCCGGCUCCCCGAAGGCGUGAGCCAAGACUCUUCAUCAGCAUACUAUGUUAUUUUAUAGGAGAUAAUUUAUUUUUUUCCCUUUUGAAUAACUUUUGUGAAUCAUUGUAAUGCAUAAUGUUUUCACAGUAAUAGAGUA